AGCCAGUGUACGGAAGUGUAGCCACCCACUUCAAAGAUGGAGGACGAUAUCUCAGAUUUGAGCCGACCACAAAUGUACUUGUUUGGUUGCACCCUCAAAUCGGACAAACGGGAGUUCAAAGUUGACGUAGACGACGAUGAUACGGAGCAACAGCUGUCACUCAAAGCAGUGUGUCUGGGAGCUGAGGCGGAGGAUAAGUUCCAUAUGGUGGAAGUCGAGGGCCUCACUUAUGAUGGAAAAACGACCAAAGUGCCACUGGUCGUACUGAAGCCGUCCGUCCUGCCAUCUAUGAGUUUAGGUGGAUUUGAGAUCACUCCUCCGGUUACCUUCCGUCUCCAGUCUGGCUCUGGACCAGUUCACAUCAGCGGGCAGCACUUUGUUAGUGUGAAGGAUUCAGAUGAUGAAGAAGAGGAGAACAACACGUCACCAGUGAAACGACCUGCAAGCCUGAUGUCGGGGAAGAAGCCGCCGCAGAAAAAACUAAAGAUGGAUUCCGAUGAAGACGAUGAAGAAGACAGUGACGAAGAUGAUGAUGAUGAUGAUGACGAUGACGACAGCGAUGACAACGUUGUGAAGCCUCAGAAAAAUGUUGGAAAAGAGCUUGAAAAGAGGUCAGAGUCUUCAGCAAAGAAGCCCAACAAGACUCCAGUGAAACAAAACGGCCCUGCAGGGAAACCGUCAGGAUCCGCGGUCAAACCACAGAUUAAGACACCUGCCGCAGGAAAAGACAAACUCCAGGCCGGCCCGUCGAAAUCUCCCUCUCUGCCUGAGAUUAAGAGCAAGUUGUCGACAGCAGCCAAGGAAGGGAAACCCCUACCGAAGACGGAGCAGAAGUUUGAGAACUUCGUGAAGAGUUCUUUUAAAAUCUCAGACAAAAAAGUGGUCAAGGACCUCUGGAGUUUUGUACAAACACUGAAGAUUGAGAAGAAGUAACAAACCUUGUGCACCAGAGCAUUUGUAUGUUAUGCAUCCUGCAGGACAUUUAAAGGCACAGUCAGCAAGAUUUCCUACUCAGCCUUAUUGUGUCAUCAUUGCUAACUUUGAAUCUUAGCGAGCAGAGGGACAGUGCUGAGAAAGGGUAAAGCCAUUAAUGAAUCAGGUGUCAUCGUUCUUUUUUCUUUCUUUUUUUUAAGAUGCGAAGCACCUUUUAGUUGUCACUCACAAAAUCACUCACUCGUGUUUAGCAGACUGCAGAUUAACCACAGGCUGAAACUGUCUGCUUCAUCACAUGCCAAUCUGCACCACCUACAGGGAAGGAACAUAAUAGCAGCGCCAAUUAAGACCUGCAGAUGUCUGGAUGUCUGUUGGUUUCUUACAGGACAGAAAUAGCUGCUGCAAUUUUCAACACUUGUCCCGCCUGCAGGCAAUAAAUGUUGCACCUGCAGCUUUUUUUAUAGCUGCAAUAAAUGAUGAGAUAUGUAAAUUAUUUGGUAACAAAAGAGUUUAAAAUUCAAGUAUUUAGAGCCCGAGACAGACCAGACAAACCUCUUGAUCUGACCUCCUUUUUACACAGAAACCAGCUGUCUGUGGGGUUUGCAACAGUACUAGUAUAUUUUUUAUGCUACCUGGAGUCACCCCAGAUAAAAAAAUAAAAAAACAGUCUAAUUCUGCACAUGAAGUUGCUAAAAUGUAAAAUAUAAAUCUUCCAGAAGCUGUAAAAAUGAAAGCAACAGCAGCUGUAACACUGCAUUUAGUAAAUACUAUAGUACAUGCCUGCAGUCGUUCCUUACCUUGCCCGUAGAUGGCGAGCCGCAUGUCAUCUAACCGUCUUUACCUGUUGUUACUGCGGCUUCUGCGUCUCUGCAGCUGGACGAUGAGGGCUGCGCCUGGUUUUCAGGUGCUUCGCAUCCGAGACACUGUGUGUCCUCGAUAAGUCAAUAAUGCAAUAGGAGAUAUUGCAGAAUGUGCCUUUAAAUAUCUCUACUGUAAACUGAUAUAAAUCAGAGUCCCAUUUUGUGUGAAUUUGAGCAGCGUAUACAAGGAUAGUUGAGACAGCUGAUACUCGGGGGACAAUGUUCUGUGAUCAGCCGGGGAUGAUGUGUUUUUCCUGUUUUGUUAUUUUCAGUUCUGUCUGGCUUUACAAAGUAUUUUUAGCUUGCAACCAUGAUUUGUCUGGUAUAACUGCUUCAUACAUAUUGUACAGAAAUUUGUCAGUGUUUAUUGAGGUUAUGCUUUUUUUUUUUUUUUUUUGUAUCUCUCAGUUUGGUCAUAGCAGCUCCAGCGUCACACUGUAACAUGCGUUUCUUCACGGUUUGUCCAACAACACCAAGAGAAACUUUUAUUUCCUGCCAUGAUAGAGCAAAUAAUCGAAAACAUAAAACUGCUUCCCCAAAACAUUUCACUUAAAAAAAAAAAAAAAAAAAAAAAAAGAUGCAAGCUAGAAACAGUAAGAUCCAAUAUGUGAUUAGUUUUAAUCUCGCUACCGUUACAUAUCUUUACCAGUUAGUCUGUUCUUCUCCAGGAACACACCUGGAACGUUUCUGGGUGAGAACAGUGAUAUUCUUAAUGGCUUUUUUUAUACUUUCAAUAAGGAUGUUUUUAAGCUUACAUUAGGUUUCUGAACCUGCAAAUAUUACAAACCUGCUGACUGGAUCGAUUUCAGAUGGUGUUUGAAUUCAUAUCAAGCCCAUUAACUGUCAUGACCUGUGAGGGAAUACAUUAUAGUGAUUACAGCCCCCCAAAAAAAUCAUCUGUAGCAACAAAAGUGCAGUAUACAAAACAUUUUCAAAGAGUAUUAUGACCUCUAUAAAACUGACACAGAUGCUCUGACCGAAUUGUUUUUCUUUAGUCAUAUACAUUACAUUCAAAAAGUUAAAAACAAAACGAAUAGACUGUUAACGAGCUCCAGGAGUAUAUUUACGAGUUGGCACUGUUGUUAUCGUAUUCAAGCGUACCCUGCUGCACUAAAAACAGAUUACAAGCCCAUGAUCAACACAGGUUAUCUUAUUUAUUACAACAAAAUCAUAAAGUAUGUAUCAGUAAAAUUAUUACAUCAGAGUCACGACAUCACCUUUUUACAGAAACUCAUCCCCACAACUGUUUGCACUCUCGUACGUCAGUGCUCUGAGGACAAAAAGCAGACGCUCGCUCUAUGCUUAUAAUGUGUUUAUGAUCCUGUAUAAUGCCUUUUAUGAGCCAAAUGCUGGCAGUUGGAUACCAUCCUUAAGUGGGCUAAUUACUUGGUUCAGCCGUCCCGUUGUCUGUAAAGGAUAUUUGACAUUUUUUUUUAGGUGUAAACUUUACAACUUUAGCAAAUUUGGGUCGUUAAAAAAUCCCCUGAUUUAUUUAGCAGAAACUAAAUAUUAGGUUGUGAAUAUCUGUAGUGUCGUCUUUGUAGUGAGGUUUCCGUAGGAGCAGGUUGCCAGUCCUAUAGGAUUUAGUUUUUGCUUUGUCCUUUGUUAAUACUUUUUAAUAUUUCCCUUGUAUCAAAAGUAAUUAAGUUUGUUUUGUUUUUUUUUCUUUGAGCUUAUUUACAAAUACGGCAGCUGAACAAUUAUAUUUGUAAGUGUAUGCUUAAUCUGACCUGCUAAUAGCUGGUUUUGCAGCUUGGAUCUGUUGUCAUGAUCUUUAUUUUAAAUGUUCUACUUGGUAUAGAAUCGUUUUUAUUUUCAGUAGAAAGCCCCUUUUAAAACGUCUGAAAUACCGUCUGUUUUUGUUAACUUUUCAGUUUAGCACUACUUUUUAGUUCGUACUUAGUUUGUCAUCUUUUUAUUCUGUACUGAAGAAAACAUGAAGCCACUACCUAAAUGUGUUGAUGUAAAAUACAAAAAAAAAAAGACAGAUUGUGAUCUUUGUUGAUGACCUGAUCCAAUUUUGGGGCCUAAUUAUUUUAGUAAUAACAAAAACCUGGUUGAAAUUUGGCUUUGAAAAAUACAAAUUUGCAGCAAACAUGAUAGUUUAACUGUACCUUAUUUUUAGUAAUUGUCUUUUUAGACAUAAUCAACAGCUUUGUUGGACAAGCUUUGUUUCAAAUCUAUUAACAAUGCAGCCAGCACGGUAAAAAAUGUCACAUGUAGAACAGCGAUAUAAACUUGUAAUGAUGUUUUCUUCGUUUUGAGUAGCUGUAUCUACCAUUGUAAACUAGAUUUAUUUAUCAUUUAUUCUUUAUCAGUCCAUUGACUCCCUCUGUAUUUUCCUACCCGCUGUAAAAUCAGCAUAUAGUGAGAGGCGUCCUUAAUUUGAACUAAUAAGAAACAAGGCUUGCACUUAUUCGCUGCAUGUUGUUAAUGCAAAUGAAAUUGUGAUACACCGUGUAUUCAAAUCAGAAUCGAGAAUAUGAGAAAGGUGACAGGCUGACUAAACAUAUGUUUGAAAGAAAAUGAAUUCAGUCAAACUUGAUUGAUCAGUUCAUGCAUGACUGCUUAUGGUGGAUAAUCAUUCAUUCAUGGUUUGUCAAGACAUAACCAUCCUUUCUUUUGUUUUUUACCUACCUGUAUCAUUUACCUGAAUAAAGUGAAUCCAGGCGG